UGUUCAAUGAUAUUUUUUUUCUUUGAAAAAUCAAUCAGGAUGAAGUUCUAAUAAAAGAAGCUGUCCUGCCAAUUAAAGCUAAAAAUAAAAGAAACCGAUGACACGUAUCAGUCUCCAGAGUUUCCAGAUGUAUCCAGAACAAUAUAGAACCGAAUCUUGCUGAAGGUUCUCCAAUUUUCUAUCCCCAAUUAUAUAUAUUUACUACCAUUUUCACUUUAUAAUCCACUCUUUGAUUUAAUUUGAUAUCUCCUUCGGCUAAUACUAUCAAACAGAGCAGACUCAGUUUAAAAUGGCAUUAAUUGAAGACAUAACCAACUUCGGUUUUGGGAAUUUGGUGGAUGAUGAUGUUUUAGCGAAAGUAUUAAGCAGAUUGAGAAAGGGAGACAUGAAUUCGACGGAUAAAAGUGUGUAUACUGCACUGGCAGAUAUCCUAUCCACUCCAAAGGAAUACAUAUUUUACGUAGAUGUUCCAGGUUUAUCCAAGUCCGACAUUCAGGUACAAGUAGAAGAAGAAAAUAUACUAGUGAUUAAGGUAAGUGGGAAGAGAAAGCGUGAAGAAGAAGAGGAAGGAUGCAAGUAUCUGAAGCUAGAGAGGAAUUUACCACAGAAGAUGAUGAGGAAGUUCAGGCUGCCGCAAGAUGCCAAAGCUGAUAUUUCAUCAAUUUCAGCAAAAUGUGAGAAUGGAGUUCUUACUGUCACUGUUAAGAAGAUCCCACCUGCUACGCCUAAAACUGUUCAAGUAGCAAUCUCCUAAUAUGUUUUAUGUACCCAUCAAGUUUCAGUAGAGUUGUAGUUAGGUUGUAAAUGGCUAAUCUUGUAUCUUUUGAGCUAGUUUUAAGCUCUAUCUUUGAUGGAAGCAAUCUUCAAGUUGGUUGUGAAAUUUCAAAUGAGAUUUCUUGCUUGUUCCCCAGCAAAGUUGUUAAAAUCGAAAAUCAUUCAGAGUUAGAAUCGAAUGAGCAUCGAAUUGUAGGAUUGUACCAUAAACUUUAUGAAUUCAAGGAAACUAAAAACUUGAUC